AUGGCCUUCGCCUCACCUUCCCCUCUCUGCCGCACGCCCUCAGCCAUGUUAGGCAGGAUGCCCAGUAUCUACGACCACGACGUGUCCAAUCACAUGAUCCGAUCCAAUUCAUUCGCCCAAUCACAGACGUUUUACAAUAAAAAUAGGAACGCAGUGUACAACAGAUUCAGUAAGUCGGAUUGGGAGAAUUCCAACAAAAAUUAUUUCAACCUAUCAGAUAAGGAGAGAAGUUUUGCCGAGAGAUUGAGAGCUGACGUGGAAGUCAUAAAAAUGGCGAUCGAUCAAAACGUUCCUUUCAGUGAAUUUCUUUUGAAGGAAUGUCACGCGGCGAAAAUGUAUAAAAAAUAA